AUGAAGAACUUUUUGAUACAUGCAGCCUUCAUGGGCGGCGGACUCGCCGCUAAUAUCUCCGUGUUGUCACAAAAGGGCAACUACACAAGCCAUACUCCAUACGGUUUAAUGUUUGAGGAGAUCAACCACAGUGCAGACGGAGGAAUUUAUGCGGAGCUGAUCCAGAAUAGAGCCUUUCAAGGAAGUGAUAGCGCCCCAGCAAGCCUGGCAUCGUACAGUGCCAUCAACGGUGCAAUCCUCUCCCUUCAGAACAGCAGCAAUGGCGAACCCUUGUCGGAUGCCCUCCCCAACUAUAUGCGUAUCUCUGCCAGCCUUGGCAAUGGAUCCGAUACCACCACUGCUGCGCAAAUUGGCUUCUCAAAUUCUGGUUGGUGGGGUAUCGAUGUCAAGGUUCAACCCUAUCAAGGGUCCUUUUUCGUUCGAGGCCGCUACAACGGAACCUUUACAGCAUCUUUGCAGUCGGCGGUCACAAACCAGACGUUUGGGAGCGUACAGAUUCGGUCACAGAGCAAUGAUGAGAGUUGGACGAAGCAUGCAUUCACCUUGACUCCUACUACCGCUGCUGAGUCGACUAACAAUGUAAUCUCAAUCACGUUUGACCCUUCGCUUACGGACGGUUCGUUGGACUUUAAUCUUAUCAGUCUUUUUCCUCCUACAUACAACAAUCGAGCCAAUGGGCUACGGUCUGACAUUAUGAAUGCCCUGGUUGAGUUGAAGCCGAAAUUCCUCCGGUUUCCCGGAGGAGGCAACCUCAACGGAAUUCUGAAAGGCACCCAGCAUAAAUGGAACGAAACAAUCGGGCCUUUGCAGAACAGACCCGGAAGAACUGCUGUUUGGGGUUACUAUGAGACUCAAGGUUUGGGCCUCAUCGAAUAUUUGCAGUGGUGCGAUGACCUAGAUAUGGAACCUGUCUUGGUUGCCUGGUCAGGCUUGAAUUUCGUCGACGGUCCCCUCUCAGCCUCCGAUCUAGCCGUUUAUGUCCAGGACACCCUCAAUCAACUCGAGUUCAUCACCGGCUCAAGUAGUACCAAGUUCGGGGCUCUCCGUGCAUCUCUCGGUUACCCUGAUCCAUGGAAACUCAAGUACAUUCAAAUCGGCAAUGAAGACAAUCUAACUGGUGGAUUGCCAUCCUAUGAGGGUUACCGCCUUAAAAUGUACCAUGACGCCAUAAAAGAGGCUUACCCAGACCUCAUUGUUAUGGCUUCCGCCUCGGAGCUGACGAUGAACAUGACUUCAUUUCCUGGGGAUCUUGCGGGAGACCAACACAAAUACACCGUUCCCGAUCGGUUUGUGGGAUCUAACUUUGGCUUUUUUGACCAUUUUACUCACCAAACCAUUGUCUCCGAACUCGCUGUAGUCGCACCAAACAGACCGGACGGUUCCGCACCAUCAGACCGAGCUGAGUACACUACCUACCCUUUCUGGCUAGGUUCUGUCGCUGAGGCUGUUUUUCUUCUCGGUGCCGAGCGGAACGGUGACAGAGUCAUCGGCGUGUCGUACGCACCACUUUUGGCGAACAUGAACCCCAAUGCCUCGCAGUGGACGCCCACGCAGAUUGCUUACGAUGCUGACCCAGCACGGACAACCCGCUCAACGAGCUUCCACACAUAUAAGCUGCUAGCAUCCCACGUGUUGACCGAGACCUUGCCUAGCGAGGGAGAUAUUGGGUACGGCCCUCUAUACUGGGUUACUGGGCGCAACAAUCAGACAGGAUCAUUGAUAUUCAAGGCGGCCGUGUAUAACAGCACCGCCGAUGUUCACAUAUCAUUGGAUUUUGAUGGCGUGCCUGCAGGAGCAACUGGAGAGCUUACUAUUCUUACGUCGAGUAGUGCUGAUGCCCAGAAUGUCUUGGGUGGCCCCGAGGUAAUUCACACCAACGUCUCAACCGUUGUCGCUGGCUCUGAUGCCAACUUUGUAUUUGCACUUCCUAAUCUUAGCGUCGCCACGUUGAUUGUCAAAGAGCAGAUAUAA